UCAUCAAGCUGCAGUGAUAUAUGUAGUAUAUAUAUUGUUUGUGACUUUUUCGAGCGGUCCCAGGAUACUCUCAGAGUAUAAUUUUUUUAUAAUUUUCGUUCCCAUGUGAUGCUAUUUCCCACUCAUUUGUAGCCUUGCAGUAUGCUACAUAUGGAAGAUAAAUGGAAAUGAUUAUAAUCUCUUGUCUACACCAUCACUCGCCAGUGCAACAGUCAGGCAGUGUACUGUUGAUGUGUACGAAGUGGGAUUUUGCUGUCUCAAAGGGACAAUGUAGAGCCAACAUGACAUUUAAAAUUUGAAAUUAAAAGUCAAUCAGAAGCAGGAUUUUAGCGCAAUGAUGAAAUAGUGUAUCAUUGUGUGCACCACUCCAACGUAAUGUAGCCAAAUGUAGCGCUUACACGCUUAUGCGAUAUAAGACUACACUUAGUGUAUCCCAAGGGAAAUCGCUAUUAGUAAGCACAUUGCUUGAGUUGGAGCAUUUGAACAGUGCUGUAAACGGGCGCGAAAUGACAUCAGUAAUGGUCAGACCUAAUCAGACCGUGCAACGCGAGAAAGACAGUGGUUCUUUUUAGUAUGAUCUCCACCAUUGUGCGACCAGGCGUUUCACACGAAAACGUUUUUCUCAUCGUUUAAAUGGCAAUAAUGUAGUUUUUUCACGAAUUUUCAGUGCAGUUUUACUUUUUACUAUUUUCUUACCUACUAACAAGAAAUCAAUAUGAUGCGAAAGAAGAGAGUUCUCAUGGUUUGUUUAGGUAAUAGUUGCCGCUCUCCAAUGGCGGAAGCAGUAUUUCAGAAUCAAAUCCAAAAAAUGGAUUUAACAGAUUUCUGGGAGGUCGAAAGCGCCGCCCUUCUGGAAUAUCAUGUAGGUAAUGAUCCUGAACCUAGGGCGAUAGCCACACUUCAGAAAGCAGGAAUUACAGAUUAUUCUCACAUCGCAAGAAAAAUUACGACCGAUGAUUUUUACAAAUUCGAUUGGAUAUUUGGAAUGGACGAAUAUAUUAUUCACUUAUUGUACGACAAGCAACCGAAAGAUAGCCAAGCAAAGAUAGAACUACUUGGGAGAUACGAUCCAGCCGGAAUAAUUGUCAUAAGAGAUCCUCUCUUUGAUGUUGAUAGUGCCGGAUUUGAAAAAGCAUUUCAGCAAGCUUUAAGAAGCGUAUGCGCAUUUUUGGAAAUUCACAAAGUAUUCUUCAUUUUUUUUGAUAAUAUGCUCGAUAAAUCAUAA